UUCUGCUCUUCGUCGAGACAGGCGGUGGUGUAGGGUCUCUUAUUAUGCAGGUGCUGCCGUAACGCUGUGGACAAAUAUAAACAAAAUGGUUGACAAGUUUCUAAAUUGCCGGUUUGCCAAACCAGAUGCAAACUAUGUUUUAAUCUGUUUUCCUUGGGCCGGAGGAGGAUCUAAUUUUUACGCGCAAUGGGGAAAAAUGAGUCCAGAUUUUGUGGAAGUUUGCGGGAUUACUCUCCCUGGCCGCGAGUCCCGAUUUCGAGAAUCCUGUAAUUCAGAUGCUAAGCAGAUAGUACAAGACACAUGCUCAGCUAUACACAACAAAUACAGCACAAAAAAUCUUGUAUUUUGGGGACACAGCAUGGGAGCGCUGUUUAGUUUUGAGACAGCUCUGUUGAUGAAAAGAGUAUACAACAAGGAACCCUUGAUGAUGUUUUGCUCUGGGAUUUCUGCACCACAUGCCCCCGAGAGGACACAUUCGGGACCUAAAGUUAAAGAUAUGACCGAUGCAGAAUUUGUAGAAUAUCUCAAAAAGCUAGGGGGAACACCUGAGCAGGUGCUAUCAGACCCCGAAAUGAUGAAACUUUUCCUUCCCCCACUCAGAGCUGACUACAUCAUGAUGGAGGGUUUCAAUUCUCCAGUAGGACAAGAUCCACCCUUCUCGUGUCCUCUUCAUUUAUUCGAUGGUGAAAAUGAUGUUAAGCACAAUUUAGAAGCUUGGAAGGAUGUAACUUCAGGAGACAAGACAAUACAGUUUUUGCCUGGUGGUCACUUCUAUCUCAAAGAACCGUCCAAUCAGAGUUUCCUGAUCUCUUACAUUUCCAAAAACCUCGUUUGAUUGGUGGAUUUUUGAUAACGCUGUGCCAUAAAACGAUUAAAUUUCACAACAUUAAAAAUAAUAAACUUCAAUCAGUCAUUAAGUUAUCAAGUCCAAUUUACGGUGUGCAACUCUUUUAAUCUUCUAACAGUAAUUUAACUAAUUUUUACAUUUAAAUGAAUCUUUUUACGCCUUCAAAUUUGUCAGACUAUAAUAAUAUUUUCGCCCGGAGGAAAACAGUUAUUGGUUUUUCUUCAAAGAGAAUUAAUAUGGAUUGAAUGCAACUGGAAUCUUACACCGACAGAUGCUAUACUUUAACAUGACCUCUACAUGCAAGUGUGCGUUUAUUGUGAACGUGAGGGAAAUUCAUUAAUGUUCUUAAAAAAUUCACAACAGUUGAUUGGUGGAUAUGAAAAAUCAAGUCAAAGUCACCACAA